AUGGCCUUGGCAUCUCAAGCCGCUUUGUUGGACGAGUUGCUGGGAAAAAAUCGCGAUGCAGUUGACAGUGACGCGAUGAAGGGUCCUCACUGGUCAGAUGAGGACAUGUGCAAAUCGUUCUUAUGCGGGUUUUGUCCUCAUGAUCUGUUUGUCAAUACGAAAACUGACUUGGGGCCGUGUGACAAGAUGCACGAUGAACGGCUGCGAGAAAAUUAUAAAAAGAGUAGUCGCUUCGAAAAGAUGGGUUACGAAGAGGAGUUCUACCGAUAUCUCUGUUACCUUCUUGAGGAUGUCGACAAGCGCAUCCGUCGCGGACACGAGCGUCUAUCGGUGAGUAAGAGUGUUGCGCCCGCUGAUCCCGAAGCCGCUGCUGAGAAGGCUGAUAAAAUAGCAUCUCUGACAAGAAGAAUUAAUGAUCUCGUUGAGCAGGCCGAACAAUUGGGUACCGAAGGCAAUGUUGAUCAGGCUCAAGGUGUUCUUAAACUCUGUGAGCAGUUAAAGUUUGAAAGAUCUCAGUUAGAAGGUGAUGCGCGACCCGGUGCCGGUCAGGUAACUCUGUCUAAGGAGUUGGAGGUAUGUGAGAUUUGUGGUGCCUUUCGAAUAAAAGACGAUGCGCCUCAACGAGUGGAGGAACACCUUGCCGGAAAAAUGCACCUUGGAUAUGCAAAGAUACGAGAUUACGUUAGGGAGUACGGGGAAAAACGCCUCAGAGAAAGAGAAAAGGAACGAGAGGCCAGAGCCUCUCGCCAGCAUCACCGUAGUGGGAGUCGCCACCGGUCCAGUCACAAUGACAAAAGACGUCGUGACCGCUCACGAUCUCAUUCCCAUUCACGAAAACAUCGUGAUCGCCAUAGUCGCCAUAACGACCGUAAUUCUCAUAGGCCAUCAAAAAGAGCAGUCUCCCCGUUUAGUGCUGCUCGUAGACCCCCAGAAGGCGCCGAAGAUGACUAG